AUGAUUUCAACUUUUGUAAAGUCACUUUUCAUUGGUGCUAUCUCACUACCAGCUCUGAUCUUAGCAAACUGGCAGCUUGUUUGGAAUGACGAAUUUAAUGGCACUUCAAUCGAUAGCAGCAAAUGGAAUCAUGACAUCGGUGGAAAUGGUUGGGGUAACGAGGAACUUGAGUACUACACAGACAGAGCCGAAAAUUCCUACGUCAAAGGAGGAUUCCUUCACAUCUAAGGUUUAAAAGAAGACUACAAUGGAAGCCAAUACACUUCAGCUAGAAUCAACUCACUAGGCAAAUUCUCCUAGAAAUUUGGAAAAUUCGAAAUAAGGGCAAAACUACCUACGGGCUAAGGUGUAUGGCCAGCAUUCUGGAUGCUAGGUGAUAAUCUCAAUCAAGUUGGAUGGCCAACUUGUGGUGAUAUUGAUGUCUUUGAGAUGAUAGGAAAGUAACCCAGCGUUGCUCAUGGAUCACUACAUGCUAAAGGCUUAGACACCACUAAAGAGUACACAAGCUAAUAAGGCUUUGCUGAUGACUAUCACACCUUUGGAAUCGAAUGGUACCCUAGUAAAGUGGACUUUUAUAUAGAUGGAAACACUUAUUUCUCUGUUGAUAAGAGCACUACUCAAGGAGAUUGGCCCUAUGAUAGAAAUAGCUUCUUCAUUAUUUUGAACCUUGCUAUUGGUGGAAAUUGGCCAGGAAACCCAGAUGAAACUACCAAUUUCCCUGCACUCUACACUAUUGACUACGUCAGAGUUUACAAAUACGUACAGAAUGAAGAUGAAAUUGAUGAUUUGGAAUUUUUGUAAUGA